UCUUGGCAACACUGCUGGAGUACGUGUAUUUUAUUGACACAUGACAGAUGUCUAUGUCGUUUCGUGUUGUUAGACAGUGACGUUUACCAAAUUUUAUUUUUAUUGACCAGUUGACCAUAUUCCAAAUAAAAAAAAAUUAAUAAUGUCGCAAACUGUACCCUUAAUUCUCGAAGAAGAUGUUGAACAAGGUGGCAAGGAGUACGAAGAAGGCCUGGAAGACGAUUUCGCCUAUCGUAACAAUGUUACAAAUGCGCCAAAGAGCAUUCGAUUGGGAUUUAUCCGCAAAGUUUAUGGCUUGUUGUCGAUGCAAAUAUUAUUGACUUUUGUUAUAGCCAGCAUAUGUAUGUUUACACCACCGAUUAAGGAUUUUGUUCACAAUAACGAUUGGAUGAUGAUGUUAUCGUUCAUUGCAAGUAUUGCCAUAUUAAUUCCUCUACACAUAAAACGAAAAGAAUCACCUGCAAACCUUAUACUUCUAGCUGCUUUUACUGUUGUUCAGGGCUAUACAGUUGGAGUAAUAGUCACAUUUUAUUCACAAGCAAUUGUAUUACAAGCCCUAUUGUUAACUUUGAUUGUUUUGGCUGGUUUAACUUUAUUUACAUUCCAAACAAAACGUGAUUACUCUGCUAUGCAUUCUGGAUUGUUUGCUGGUCUUUGCAUUCUUAUUGUUGGAGGAUUUAUGCAAGUAUUUUUACAAUCUUCAGUAUUCGAGAUUGCAAUAUCAUUUGGAGGAGCAUUAUUAUUCUGUCUUUUUAUUGUAUUUGACACUCAAAUGAUCAUGAAAACCUUAUCACCAGAAGAAUACAUUUUAGCUACUAUUAACUUGUAUAUGGAUAUUAUUAAUUUGUUUAUAUAUAUAUUACGUAUACUUCAGGCUCUAAAUAGGCAGUAAAACUAAAAAGAGCUUGAUUUUGAAGACUAUUAAAGUAAAGCAAUUAUUGCAGUGUGAAAUAAAAAUGUCUUCAAAAUUUUUGUUUUUAAUAAGCAUAUUUGGGAAAUUAUAAUUUAAAAUCACUUAAAUAUUUAUAUUUAAUAAAAUUAUGUGCAUUUGUUUUUUAGUAUUAUUACAAGUAUUUGUUGUAAAUAAUUUUUAAAGAGUGAAAAUAUUUUAUGUAUAGUUAAUAAAAUCA